AAACUCAAUUGCAACAAGUGGACCAUAAAAAUGACACCUUUUCACGUUGUCUUGAGCUCCGAGUGCUAUUUUAAAACCGCAGUUUUAUGGAACUCCGUGAAACGUUUUGGGUAUGCCGUUUUGAGGUAUAUAAAGUGGAAUUAACACUCAAACCGUCAGUUUUGUGUAAGAAGUUCAAGUGCUUGAGUGUUGCAAAAUGAUCAAUCUCAAGGCCCAACUCUUUCUGAUCUGCACAGUGACCUGUGUGCUCUGCACCGAUUCGAUACAGCAGAAGAGGCAGAUAUCUCAAGGAACAAACAGAGAAAUAGAACCUGAAGCUUCAGAAACUGCAUUUCCACAAGCCGCGGUUCAAGCGGGAAGCAAGUAUUUCCAAUACAUUCAUGUACCCUCCAAGGAUCAUGUUGAGCACGGCCAUAGAAGAGGAGAAGAUCAUCACUUUAUAGAGAGACAUGAAAAGGCCAAACCACAUGAUGGCGAGUUCAAAACUAAAGUGAGAUGGGGAGAUAAGCAUGGAGGGUAUGGCGAACAUUAUUGGGACUACAAUCACGCAGGACAUGACGGUCACAACGGUGAAGAAAGCAACCAUAACGAACAAUACGCAGCUUACGAAGAAGAAGGGGAAUCCGUACCAGUGCCGGCUUACGCAGACAAUUCUAGGGGAAAGAGGGAGCAGGUGAAUGAAGACGUCGAAUUCAUCAGUCCGAAGGCAAGGUCCCUAGUUUUGAGUGGCGUGACCGCCAAGCACGGAGGGAAUUACAUGACAGAGAAGGACUUCGAUAGGAGGAAGAGGGAACAAAAGAAGAGGAAGAUCAAGUCCCUCAAUGGGGACUAUCUUCUGUACCAACCCGAAACAGGUCGAGUGGUCGAUCACAAGACAGGAAUUACUUACGAGCUGAAGCCUGUAGAUUUUUGAAAGUAAUGCACAUGGAGCAUUUUCGUGAUUAAUUUAUUUUUUACACUUUUUUAAUUUUGUUACGUUGAAUAUUGGAAUAAAUGGUUUUUU